AUGAUUGAGGACCUCUGGAAAUACGAGCAACAGUGGCUCGCUCACAAACCCCAGGACGUACGCUUCCUCCUUCACAAGGAUAUCUUCAGUCAGUACAUCUUGCCCAGAAUGUCUACGGUUCUACUCGACUGGGACAAUGAAAGUGACGGCGACGAGGGCAAUGUUGGUUCCUUUGAGGAGUGCAGAUCAAAGUGUGAAGCAGCAUCAGAUUGUAAACAGUUUUCAUACAGCGAAGAUGGUCACUGCAAGACUCGCGUUGAUCCUAGAUUAGGAAAGGCGACGCCCCAUAUGAAGUCGGGCUGGUUUCCGGAUCGCAUAAAGCGUUUCGAACAGGUUAUGGCACCAUGUGGGGACGAGAGCUGGAUGCUGUAG